AUGACCAGUCAAAUCCAUUUCGGCCCUCGACUUGACUGCUUUGCUGAUUCAGAUGGACCGCCAUUUACUCUAUCGCCUUCGAUACAGCAGAAACAGUAUAAAGCAAAUCGAGGCCAGUUCACUGUGUUUGACGAUGAACCCGUCACCAUUUCCCCAUCUCAUCCUUUGGCAAGACAGCAGGUGGAGCUAUCAGAAGUGUGGACAAGGAGGAAUGAAGAUCUUGACUGGGACUCUCUGAUUUGGUAUGGCCGAGUAUCACUUGUGAUCGAAAUCAUCGAUUAG